UUAAAACUGAUCAAAAUAACCGAAUAGAUUAUUUUGCAGCUGCGUUCUUCCUGCUUGUUCCAUACGUCUUGACGUGAAUGCGUAGUGACAUGUGUUUCUCCACUUUACCAAAGAUGGAGGCAUCCAGGGUGAAGUGGUAAACAGCAAACUGUUUGUUUUUAAUGAAAAACUCAACAAUGUUAGAUACCCAUCUUCAGAACAGGAAGCUGAUCAAACACGAGCCAGCAGGGAUCUUUACAACAGCCGACAGUGGUGUCGUACAGCUUUUGUUGAAAGCUGCUCCACAUAGUCACUGUAAAUAAUAAAGCUGUUGUCCAGAAUGCAAGCGACAAAACUGACAAACACACACUGAGGCAAAUCCAAAAGAGAACCAAAGGAAAAAUGCAAAAACUAAAGAAGAAAAAGAAGAAAACUGAAGCUCAGCGGUCCAAAAACACAAGGAGCAAACAGAGAGAGAGGGCCAAGAGAGAAGGAGAGACAAGGAGUUAAAUACACAAGAGAGGGAAGAUUAAUAAGAGACAGCUGAAACUAAAAGGGCAAUCAACAACGGCAGGAACACGAUGAAGUGGAGAGUAAAACACGAUCAACCAAACGUUAUAUUCAAUCAAAUCAAAUAAUCAACCAAGAUGCUGAAAACUGGACAAACCGGACGCGAAGGCCAAUAAAAAUCAAAGUGGACUGAGAGGAACAGAGAGCUCAAGAGACAGGAAAUCGUAAAUAUGUUAAUUCUGCGAUCCGACACAAACGUCCAGGCGAACCAGCAAUGUGCCUUCAUUUAUGGUGAACAUACAGCCGAGUGCAGACGCUGUGGAGACGCCUCCAGGCUGCAGCAGCAGCUCCUUACACUGGAACAGUGAGAUGGAUCUAAUGUACAGUAUAAUGUUUGGCCUCAGGAGAGCUCGGGGAAGCUGCUGUGUCCUAUUUGCUGCGAUGCUGAGCUCAUUUUGGAGAGCAGUUCAUUCUGCCUGCCCCGUGGGAUCUUAGCCACAGGCUGGAAUACAGUACAAUCUAUCUGUUUUUCAUCAGACGCAGUAAUAGCCUCUCUGUUGUGUCUGCGUGAUGCUACUUUAUCUCACCUCAACAGUUCGGAUGUCUGGAAACAGCAGGCGGCGAUGAUGGACAUGUUUUUAUUUCUCGCUGUAAUGUUUUGUUUGUAUCACAUGGAUGCACAUUUCUCUGCAGGUUCUUCACCUUCACAUGAUGUCGGGGUUAGGGUUAAGUACCCAGAGACUUAAAACUCCAGGAAAGUUUGAGAAACAAGGAGUCAUCGGAGCUUUUACAUACAGCUUUAUAUUUUUAGGAGGCAUUCUGAUGUUCUACGAACCGACAGAAGUUGUUGUUCUUGUUUGUGUUAGCUGCUAACUGCCGCUAGCUGCUUUUUAAAUCUCCCUGUUGUGGGAGACGCACACGCAACACGUGUACACAGUAACAGAUAAAUCUUUGUUAAUAACUUUGCUCCACCGACCCUCCAUCCUGUCUUUGUACCUUGUGUUCAGAACGGACAGGCGUAAUAAAUCCACUGUCAUGUGAUAUCAUAAUAAUAUUCUGUUCCUGUUUGCUUUCUUUCGAUAUGAGCGAAGGGGCAAACAAAACUUUGGCGAAAAUCCGGCGGCGAAGCAAAACCACAGAGUUCAGGCAGUCAUUUAAGUGCUUUUAUGGAUCUGCAGUUUAUGAGCUGUUGUUUCCAGGUAAACACACCGACCUCUUCAACCUCCGUCCUGUCGCCGGCUGCUCCUCUCGGGGUUAUUAAGCACCCAGAGUCAUUCUCAGCGGUGUCUUAGUGUCUCUGUGCUCGUUGGACAGAGCAGACAGGCUGGUCUCCUGGUCUCUCCGCUCUACCAAACAAACCCCGAGUUUCCAAACCACCUGCAAGAAAAACAGACGUACCACCAGAAAGCCAGUGAACGUACGGUGAGGAAAAAUCAUUCUGGCUUGCUAGUUCUUGUCUCGUGUGUGAUCUUGGUGGUCCAGUCUGGUUCUGUGCACUUUAGGGGGAACUUAGAGAUAUGUGGACACAAGAGGACAACCAAGAACAGGUUGUGGUCAAGAGCCCUCUUGUUGUCCAACCAAUUAGUUUCUAAUCAUUUUUAUCUGUUUUUCGAUGUGACAAAGACCGUCCAUCAAUUAAACUUUACCGCUUUUCUGACUUUCUGAAUGUUCACAGCACAAAUUUCCAAAUGUCAGCCUCAUGGCAGCACAGGAGCAAAGGUCAGGUGAUCUCCUCAGGUUGUGGGAUUAUCUGAAUGUCAGUUCAUCCUUCCUUCAUCUCAGUCACUUUACAAAUCCAACUCUCCUGCACACGCAUGUCUGUGAUUUUAAUUCAAAUCCCUCACACCUCUCCGGCAACAGAAUAAUCCUCCAAGAGAAAGUCGACUCAGUGCGGGAGAGACACAGCUGCCUGCAGUUUAUUCCUCCUUUCACUCUGCUGCGCUCAGAUCUACUUACAACACAAGAUGAUUGAGGGCACGUGAUAAGAACCUGUGGAUAAUCGUACCAGAGCGCGGCGGCAGAGCUUUGCGAGUCGGUGAGGUGAAAUUCUACAAGAAACGUGAAUCCCAGAGGCUCAACACGAUCCAUACAGCACACCUGGAGACAAACAAAGAGCUGCAGCGUCUCGCUAAUCCUCUGAAGAGGGAGUCAGUCACUGGAAACCUGCAAACCGAGAGGCCAGAGAGGAGGGGGGAGAUGAAAUGUGAUGAUAGCAACGAUAAAAUGAUGCUAGGGAGAAAAAAUGAGGGAGCGAUUUGCAUCUCAGUUUGGAUCUAAGACGGGCAGAACAUGAGUUUGAGGAAGGUGACUGGCAGGGAUUAAACAGCUGCUGUUAAUUGGAAGUAAAGGUGACGAGGGGGGAUUAUGUUAAAUCUGUAUUAUGAUGCAAAAUAGUGACGUGAGUAGACAUUUGAGCAGCAUGUCUGGAGUCAGCUGUAUGAAAAUGUUUUGUUUCGUUUCUCUGGAUUGAAAUCCAGUUUUUGUUUUUUACCAUUAAAGGAACAGUUCACUCAAAGUGGGAAACAGUCAUCAUCUCUUUGCCUUCACGCUGAUGGAAAGUCAGGUGAAGUUUCGUAGAUCACAAAACAUUUCUGGAGCUGAAAUGAACAACUGAAGUAGAUGCAGACUUGUUUUAAAACGUAAAACACAACUGGAAAACAUAUAAAAUGGCUCCAUACAGCUUGUUUUGUAUAAUCAAAGUCGAGGAUAAUCAAGUCCCAAGAUCCCAAAUUGUUUUAAAUAGAUGUUCUUUACAUCGUCGACAAACGUUUGAGCUAACGCUUUUAGCUUAACAGCUACAGUGAAGAUUAACGGCUGAAGAAAAGGUCUGAAUAACUUCUUUUUAAAUCGUUUACAUUUUGUCAUGGUGAUUCAGCCGCUGCUGUAUUAAUGUGUUAUAAUAAACAUAAUCAUUAAGAUGUCCGAACAGCAAAACUCAUUUUCAGAUGAGUCAGAAAAGGUCUGGACACCAGCUUCACCUCUGGCUGGCUGUCAGAAAUCAAUCAAACAAACACACUUUAUUUAUAUUUAUAUACCUUUCAAAUAAAUCAAAAUGCUAAUGAGAAAAAUGUGGAAUAUUAAGAAAACAGAAGUGGAUUUAGUGACAGCACUUCCAAUAAUAUUAGUAGUUAAGAUAAUAAAAGAUAAAUAAAAUGUUGAGACGAUGUCAAUAAAACAAAAUAGAAUAUAACAACAAUAAUAACGAUGGACAGUAAAAAAAACAAUACAAUAUUAUAUAGACAGAAAGAAUAAAUCGUUAUGAUAAAAACACUGAACAUUAGAAUCAGGUGGCAGCCGCCUCGUGGGACAGAGUAGUUUCCUCAGAUCUGCCUGAACGGACUCAUCAUAAGUUGCUUUGACAAGAGAGCUCCGGCUAAAUUAACAUAAUGUGAUCUAACGUAUCGUAAUACAUUUAGAUAUUACGCAUUAUAUAGAUGCUGAAUCUCAGAGCUCUUCCUCUCCUCGUGAUGUCACAGCACGAACAGCCUCCUAAAGCCGGCAGCAGGGGGGAGAAGUCAGUCAGUGAUCGAGCUGCUGCUGCAGAGCUGCUCUCUCAAUCUUCUCUCAGCAUUUUGUUUCAGACUGGAGGAACAACAAGAGAAGAAGAAGAAGAAGAAGCAGCAGCGGAGGGGGAAAUAAACUACUGGGGGACAUUACAAGAAGAAGAAUAAAUCUCCUGAAUGGCGGCAGUGAACGGGACGAGCAGCAGAAACAUGGAGAGGUCAGAUCUGAGAGGAAAGUCCAAGAGGAAGAGGAGGAGGAGGUGCAAAGGCAAAGAGCGGAGCAACAUGUUGUCGACCCUCAUCAGUCCCAUCAGGCACUGGGACACCGGAGCAUCGUCGGCCGAGGACGCAGACAAUUCAAGUACGAGCAGUUUGGAGACUCAGGAUGAAAAAAGCCCGGUGGACUGUGAUCUGCUGCGAAAGUAUCAUCCAUCAACGUUUUGCUCAAGUUUCCCCAAACUCGGGCCGAGAGCUGUGAAGAGGAAGCAGCCGCUGCUGGACGGACUCUACCAGAGCCACUUGACCUGUAAGAGGGCGUCCUGGGCCGUGACCCAGAAGAACGCUCUGGUGCAGCUGAACGAGUUACGACCCGGUCUGAGAUACGAGAUCGUGUCAAAGACCGGCCCGCUGCACGCUCCGGUGUUUUCUGUCGGCGUGGAGGUAAACGGUUUCCACUUCGAGGGCAGAGGGCCGACAAAGAAGCAGGCGAAGAUGCGGGCUGCAGAGCUGGCUCUCCGCUCCUUCAUCCAGUUCCCCAACGCCUCGCAGGCUCACGCCACCAUGUCCACCUUCACCGGCGCUCCGACAGACUUCACAGCAGACAGACUGGACCUCCCCGACACGUUCCUCGAAGAGUUUGAGCCAACGCUGCGUGAAAACUGUGACCUCUUCCACUGCAACACAGCCAGAAACGAGGUUUUCUCCAGCGUUUACAACCACAGGCGACUCGUCCGGCUCACGCUGGACUUCUCAACGAAUCCAAAAAGACGAGCGCUCGGCGCCUCACUUCUAGAGCACCUGAACCCAGUGGUGCUGCUCAACGAGCUGCGACCGGGACUCAGGUACAUGUGCCUGACGGAGAGAGUCCACGGCAGGCCGGUGAGGAGUUUUGUGAUGGUGGUUCGGGUGGAGGGGAGGGUGUUUGAAGGGUGUGGACACAGUAAGAGGCUGGCCAAGGCUCAGGCAGCAGCAGCCGCCCUGCAGGAGAUCUACAACAUCAGUCUGGGACCGGAGAGGAAGGUCGUCGGCCUCCAGGGCAGCAGGGCCAAAAAUCAGCUACCUCAGUUCUUCGCAGAGUCGAUCUUCCACCUGGUGAGAGAGAAAUACAUCCAGCUGACAGACGGUUGUUUCUCUACCUCGCACGCCCGUCACAAGGUCCUGGCGGGGAUCGUGAUGACCCGAGGAUUUGACCUCAGAUCAGCCCAGGUUGUGUCUCUGGCCACAGGGACAAAGUGUCUGGACUCGGACAGCGUGAGCGACCGCGGCGGGACGCUCAGCGACUGCCACGCCGAAGUCGUCAGCCGGAGGGCGCUGGUUCGAUUCCUGUACGCUCAGCUGGAGCUGCUGCUCAGUAAGUCAGCAGACUGCGAGGAACGAUCCAUCUUCGUACCAAAUAAAGGCGGCGGCGGCGUUUUCCGACUGCGAGACGGCGUCCUCUUCCACAUGUACGUCAGCUCGUCGCCGUGCGGAGACGCUCGACUCAACUGCCCGUACGAGACCACGGCUGCAUAUCCCAGCAGGAGGUUUCACUGUCACCUCCGGGUGAAGGUGGACGGAGGCGAGGGGACGCUGCCCGUCACGGCACGAAGAGCCAAUCAGCAAUGGGACAAACCUGUCGUCACCAUGUCCUGCACCGACAAGAUGGCGAAGUGGAGCGUUGUGGGCCUCCAGGGGGCGCUCCUGUCUCACCUGGUGGAGCCGGUGUACCUGCACAGCCUGACGGUGGGGACGCUCAGCCACACGGGUCACCUGGGCCGAGCCAUGGCACGCCGCCUCGCGCCCGUCAAGCACCUGCCCUUCCCGUACCGCCGGCAGCAGCUGCUGCUCGGCUGUCUGAGCAGCAGCGAGGUUCGACCCGCAGGAAAGGCGCCGAACGUCAGCUUGAACUGGAGCUGCGGUGACGGCGGCCUGGAGGAGAUCAACAGCUCCACAGGACGGAGGAAGGACUCGGCGACGGCGUCGCGGCUCUGCAGACGCUCCACGUUCAGCCGCUGGCUGAGGCUGCAGCAGCAGGUGAAUGGGACUGAAGCCGCCCAGGUGACGUAUUCUGCUUCCAAGAUGGCCGCCGGGCGCUACCAGAGAGCGAUGCAGCAGUUUGUCGGCGCUCUGCAGGGCGGAGGACUCGGGACGUGGCUCAGAAAACCUCCAGAACUGGGUCACUUCAACAUCAGUGUGUGUGUUGAAGACUGAAGUUUGUGUGUGUUGUUUCUUCGUGGAUAUAAAAGAUUGUGACGUGGAGGAGAAAGUUUGAAGUUUCGCCUUCAUGUUUCUUCUGUGAGGGAGAUUAACUGGAGGAAAGUGGAGACACAAACGUAACAUUAACUCAUACAGGAAAUAAAUUACAUGUAAGCAGAUUAAGUCGUCUUAAGGUGGCUAAUGCUAGCUUGUCUGUCUAGCUUUGACCUUAGCGAACCUGCUAGCUCACUGGAAGUAAGUUUAACUACACAACAUACAGAGUUAUAGUCAAAUUUAACUGAUCGUUAAAGGAACAGUUCACCCGAAAAUACAAAUGUAAGGGUUAACUACUGACCUCAUAGCCGAAGGAAAUUCAGGUGACGUUUCGUUUUGUGAAGUAGCUUUUAAAACAACAAAUGUGAAACUGCUCCGUAAAGGCUCGAAGAUCUCACAUUGAUUUGAAUCGAUGCAUGCUGACACUUUUAUUUGAGCUUUAGUGAAGAUUUUAGGCUAAUAAAGGGUGUAAAUGUCGUCUUUACAAGUCAGUUUGGGGUCUCGGGGCGUCUGGAGCCAUUUUAUGUCACGUGACCUUCGACUCAUGGGAGAUAUUGACUGGAAUUAAAGUUUUAGGUGAACUCGUCCUUUAACCAUCAAAGAAACUCAGCUUGAGCUGGAUGUGUCCACGUGGGUCACAGUGUAGCUGAAUAACACUCCACUGAUCAUUAGAAUUAAUUAAUUCAAAUUCAGUUACAACCUACUCAUAUCGUUGUAAUCAGUGAUCAACGUCGUCACAGUCUGACGAGGUCUGAAGUCGUUAUUGAUCCUCUUGAACAGAACAUAUAAACGACGUGUUUCUGUCGCUGAGGAUGACUUUGUCUCGACUCCUUGUUUACUUUCCUUAAACAUAAAUAUAACCGCUUCAUGCUGAACCCUGAUUUAUUCUCUGAACUCGACCAAAAACCUACUUUUAACCUUAAAUUUAAAAAGUGUGUGAGAAGAUUUAAAUCCCUCAUAAUGUGAUUAACAGAACUUACCUGCCGACUGUGAAGCAAACUCAGUUUUAUAGAUACGACGGAACAGAAAGACAUAUUUAUAAUUUCACUCCUACAUAGUUUGUUUUGUUUAGAUGAAUCUGUGUUGUUGUGUCAAUAAUCCGAUGUGACUGUUCACCUGUUCACCUGCUCACCUGUUGAGUUCUGAUGAGUGUUUGAGGCUCAGGAGUUGAAGCUUGCUGCCACCUGGUGGAGCUCGGCGAGCAUUACAAGAUCAUUUUACUGAAGUUUUAUUUCUUUAUCCUUCAGAUUUUACCUUUUAUCUCUCUAAACAAGUAACUACAAGUAUUCCAAAGGAUUUUAUUUUCCAUAAAAAUACAUUUACAUAUUAUUUAGUCAGUGUUGCUUUGUGAGUAUUUAAAUGAAAACCUUUCUGAGGUGAGGAAUGUAACAGAGUACUUUAACCGAGGGCGACCGGUUUGAAUGCGAUGUAAACUUUUAUUAUUAUUACGUUUGCAGAAUGGAUGUCGUCUAUAUUGGUCAUGACUAUUUUUAUCACUGGGAAUAAAUGAUCUUAUUUGUGCUAUUUCUUGUAUCCUGUUGAUUGAAAACUCCUCCAGGUGUCAAAUCUUUAUUGACUACUUGUACAGCUGACGUACACAAAGUAUAAAUACUAUUAUAUAUUAUAUUAAACUGUAACAUCACUUUAACAACCCGACAUUAAAACUUGAUAGUAACUCCAGUUGCAGACGAUCAGUGGAGGCUGGUGGAUGUUUGUCUGUGUCAAGAAUUUAGAUUUAUAACAUAAAAUAAACUGUUUAUCGUCUCGUGAGCUGAUAAUGAAACUUCCUACAUUUGUACUUUUGAAACAGAGAAGUAGAGACGAUGAUCUCCUUCUUAAGUCAAAGAAGAAGACGGGACUGUAAAGAUAACUCCUCGUCUCAACUUCCUGAAUCAACUGUUUCCUCGUCCACGUCACACUUUCAACACGAGUGACGGGAAUGAAAACAGAAACAGGACGUUGAGCUCAAAACGCUGCGAGAGGAAACAGUAAAAUCAAGCUGAUGUUGUUGACAUUCAGAUAUUUUACAUCUUCACAAACAGCUGACUGAGUGUUUUGAGCUCUGCUUUGGUCUCCACCAACCCCUGAAAUCUAAAAUAUCUGGAUGUGUAUCAGCUGUUCUGUGACCAGCAGCUUGUGCACAGCUGACUGAGUUUGAAUCCAACACGAAGCCCAAAAACCACUCGACAAAACGUUCAAACAGCACAGAAAGGUUUAUUUUGAUUUCACAAGCAGACGCUUGUUCCGUAUUACACAGAUAUAAUCCACAAAACCGCUGUCAGCCAACAGAUCUCCAUCUUUUAUAUUAUUUUUUUGUUUCUGAGAACUGAGCUGUGGUGUUCGUCGUUUCUACAUCAAACCACUUUGAUCACACACAACACUGUUUACACCAGAGAGCCACAGUUUAACAAGAAGGCUUCGAGACGGCAGAUCUGAGACGGCCGACUCUCGGUGACGAUGUGAUCCAGAAUGAGAUCAGUGCGACUGAACAUUCGGUUAAAGAACAGGCGAGUUAUGAACGUGGCUCAGUGUUGGUAGAAAAUGCAGCGAAGGAAGAUAAAACAAUACUGGAUGAACUAAAGAUCUACAGAAGCCCCGAACAGUCGUCGGUCCAACGUUUUAUUUCCUCCGAUUCUCUGUGAUAACGAGUUAAAUCUGACUUGUUUUCCAGAGUUAACGAGAGAUUUCAUCCUGAGAAAAAAGGAUUUGGGACUCAGAAAUCAGUUGCCUCACAUGUCAGGAUGCCAUGUAUGCUGACACGGCACUGCUGACGUAACAAACAUGAAGCUGUGAGUAAUAAGAAGGAACAAACUUCUCAUGGAUGAUGACAGAAAUUAAUCCUGACCUCAAGAAAUCAAGUCAAAUUUUGCUCGUUAUCACGGGAACACGGAGGAAAUGUGUCAGUUUUUAAAUGUUCUUCACACAAACAAACUGUUUCGUCAGUUAAACCAGACACGACGACUUCAAAUCAAAGGUUGAAUUAAGAGGAAAUAAAGCCACGGAUUAUUUAAAGUUAUUUCCAACAAUAUGAUUAGAAAAUUCACACCAGAAGUCAGAUGAAAAUGUAGCAUCAGGCUAAUUUAUAAUUGUUCACCGUCUCUGGUCCAAACGACAAAAUGAGCUCUGUUUGAUGUGAAUGCAAAGCCUUCUGACACACAUGAACUAAAGAAAUCAUCCAUCACGAAGCAAUAAAACUGAAUUUACACCAAAUAAAAACACGUGAGCUGCAGGAGCGAUCGUGUCAUCGAGUUAUAAAGGCUAAUAAUAAAACUGCUGCAGCUGGAAAAACACUACGCAGCCCGAAAAACCAGCCACUCUCCUCAUAUAUUACAAUUUAUAUGAUACAAAUGUUAUGGGUUUAAAGUGAGACGAGGUUUAACACUUUACAUCUGCAGCUGCCCUCACUUAUCUUUAACGUACGGAUCGGAAACUCUCACUGGGCUUAAAGUGCAGCUGUAAAGUGUUAAUACACAUAAAAACUGUGGGUGCUCACAGAAAAAUGUGCUUUUAACCCACCGAGAGGAGAAAAAUGUUCAUCAUGUCAUGUUUUUUUUUUUAGUUUGAAUGAACUCUUUUGUUUUUUUUGUUACAAACCAGCGAAACGACGCUCCACAAAUCUAAAGCUAGACUUCGAAACAAUCAUUUUGGAAAUAAACGUGUGCUUGUUCGUCGUGUUACUGCUGCAACACAAAAGUACGACGGUCGCACUACAGUCCGAACGCAUCACAACACCAACCACGGUUUUUUUUCAGACACACACACAGAUUUUGUUCUCAUAGUGAAAUCAUCAUACACACACACACACAUCACUACAGCCUCUCCCGUUCACUUGAACGCAGCUUUGGCAGAGUAUUUUUUUAGUGGCAGUGGGAAAAGCAAAGCAGGUGGCAGCGAACGCAUCACGACACUCCUCGGAGAUUUCACUAGUUUUUUGUUUUUUUGUUGUAAAGUACCGUUACAAACAUGUCACUGACAGAAUCGUCACCACAGUGUUUCAACACCAACGACUAAAGGGCACUGCGAGAAACUGAAACAGAAAAGGUUUUGUUUUGUUUUUUUACAAUCAUGUCAAGUAUCGGUGCGACAGCAGGGCCGGGCGGCCGAGGGAACGUCAGACACACAACAUUUCAAAUCUCAGUUUUUAAUUUAUGUUUUUGAAGUUGAAUGAAAUCAGAUUCGACAGCGGAUUCAUUUUAACUCCACGCAAAUCUGCUUGUUCUCAUAUUCUGAACGUCUGAGGACGCUUCUGUACCGACAGUUUUCACAGUGACGACUUUUUAAUGUACAUGUCAUUAAAAACAGGCGGACAAAUUAAGACUAAAACCUGGAGAGAAUUAGUUCAGUUGUCAUAAGUUUAAGAUCAAUAUCAUUUGAUAAAAGGAGCCACUAGAGAAUUAAUAACUGUUGGUAAAGUUAUAUAAUUUACUAAAGUGCAAAUCAGACCUUUUGCUCGACGUCAUCCCUCCUCUCUCUCCAGCUGAUCGAUCGAUUAAAGCCAUGAAAAGGCCAAAAAGGAUCAUUUACAAAGUGCACAAUUAUGGAAGUUCAUUAAAAGUUAAGACAAGCUCUCAUUUUCUUCCUCCUCGGGUUUUUCUUUUUACAAUCGAGCUGAUGUGGCGUGCUCUCAUUUUAUACUCAAUUAAAAUAAGGAGCGCCAGAAAUUAAACUCGGGAACUAAAAAGUCUGACGUUUCUGGAAAUUAAUCCGAUGACUGAUUAAAACGAACAACGCCCAGAGAGACAUUGUGUUUUUUUUUUUUUUACAGUUUUCGAUUACGAGAGCUGUGAUAUCUGAACAAAGACGACAUGCUGAGGUGGAAACAGAGCAACAAUCAACGUGUUUUACCUCCAUGAAUAGUAUGAACAGUUUUCUCCGUCUUUAUCCUGAUUUUUUUUUUUGUAAAUGUGUAAGAAUCUGCCAACAUAAUCUGAUCAGUGACCAAACCACAGUUCCAUGAUUCCUGUCCAGGUAAUCCUUCACAGUUAGAAGUGUGAGCGGCGCCUCAGUACCCGGCCCUGCUGUACAACCGUUUCAACAGGUGUUGCUCUUUACAGAUCAAAGAUUUCAUUUUUUUGCGACGCACAGAAACUCUGAAAUCGCCGUUUCCUCCCUACAGACGAGAGCGACGACUGUCUACACAUUUUAUCAGCCUCGAUCAACAAAACUGUCAACCAGGCAGGGAGUCGACUUCUUUUUGUCUACUGGACACACAGUGGCUGGUUCGUGGCUUUAUGGAAGCAGAAACACAGUCAUAUCCAGACGGCGACACUGUGAGCAGAGUGACCGAUCACAGCAAAGAUCACGUGGGAGGUCGAACGGGAGAAAAACCUACGACACUGGAGACGCUUCGGUCCACACAGAACAACAGAAUCUGUUCUAACAAAGCACCGCUGCCAGCACUGGAGAUGAUUCACUCUUUUUUUUUUUUUUUGACACAGUAGAGAGAGCAGCUAGUUUCAGUUCCUUAAUCAACCACUGUGAUUUUUUUUUUUUUUU